AUGUCGUCUCCGCCAUCGCCCGCUCGGCCGCGCUCACCCAACGCGUCAGAUGCGCGAGCAUCUUACCCCGCUCCCGAUCUCGACGAGGAAGCUACGCGGUAUGAGCCUGGCCAGAGAUUCACGAUACAGCCCUACAAUCCUGUCCGUCCUCAUGGCACUCAGUUUUAUGGUCCUCCUCCGCGAGAUGCGAUCCCUCCUGGAGGCCUCCGAGGCUUUGAUCCGGGAGCUCCGGUGCCUGAGGAUACUUCGGCUGACCUUGAAAUUAUCCAUCCUCUUUCUGUCUCCAACGGUGGAAGGGCACAAAUCGUUGCAUGCGAGAUGAUCCGCUCCCCCAAGACAAGCAGGGACUCGCACGCACCGUUUCCCUCCUCCCAAGGAAAAGACAACAAGCCUAGUCGCCAGCGAUUUGCCGCCAAGAUGUACGACUGGGCCUUCCAGGCGAGUGAUAUCUUCGGAGCCAGCCCCGAGGAGGCGGUCGAGGGGAUCUUCAGUCGUGAAGAUGCCGUGCUGAGACGUCUAUACGACAAGAACUUGACCGGCAACCCGCACCUGGCGCCUCAAUACUAUGGAAGUUGGGCCACAGAGUUCAUCAUUGACGGAGGCGACAGCGGAACUCUGUAUCGAUGCGUUGGACUCAUCCUGAUCGAGCUCGUUGAGGGGUCGUCAAUGGAGGAUAUGUGCUCCCGUGACGAGACAUGGGGGUAUCUCAUUCCCAGCCUCAAGCCCCGAAAACUCCACACAGGCUCUGAGGGUCCAAUCAAGUUCGAAUGCAACAAGAAGGAGGCCCUCAAGAGCAUCACGAGACAGCUCCUGGACGGAUCCGUCAGGCACUUUCACGUCGGCGUUGAUCAUAAUGGCGCCCACCCCCAAGACUUGUUCGUCACGAUGCGAGACCACGGUCGAGAUACGGAUGAGCCACGCCUCGUGAUGCUCGGCUAUUCCCUGAGCGUCGUGUAUCGGGAAACCACCCUAGGCAGGAUCCCAGAUAAUGGUGUCCACUGCAUCGAGCUGCUGGAAUUCCCUCCCCAUCCCUAUGAACGCUUCAGCGUGGGUGCCAUACCCUUUCACGUCGGGUGGUUUCCAGACCCUCCAUCGGCUUGGGUAGAAGAAGGCGUGGAUCCCAUCGAUCCCGCGAAGUUCGAAGACCACAACGUGGAGUUCGACAAUUUCCUUUUGAGUGAAGAGGGUUUUGGGCCCCUAGUGGACAAGUCCAAGGAGGAGGGCGGCCGUUACUCCACGUUCAAGGUCUUGAAGGGGAACAAAGCCAAGAUGGAGGCCGAAGAGGCAGAGCGUUACACCAGACACCUGCGCAAGCAGGCUGAAGAACGGGAGCUCGAGGAGUCGUUGGAGAGCAUGUCCGACUCUUCCAUUGAACCGUCUGUUCCGGAAAUUAACACCAGUAUUGACAAAAGAGAUCAGACAGAGACAGAGUCUCGACCCGGGCUCGGGCUGCCUGCCACAGAAACCAGCAGCAUCACGCUUCAACAAGAUGAGCCGGAGACGGGACAUCAGCAUGAACUGACUGGGUUCGUGAGAAACAUCUUGCAACGAAGCAUGGACAUGUUCAGUGACUGUAAGGAGAAUCCGAUGAUGGAGGAAGAAGCAGGCUGA